AUGAAUGAAGGCAGUGUAGAAGAACUUGAUGUAUUUGAAAAUAUUGAUUGUUCUGAUGCCUUCAAUACUUGUCAGGUGUUUGCUACUUGUGAUGACGUUUUGCAUUGGGCUCGCUUUGUUACGUAUGAUAUUGGUUUUAUGGCGGUGAUAAUGAGAUCAGAUAUUGGAAAGAGAGGAAGGACCUCAUAUGUUUUAAUUGGUUGUGAGAGGAGUGGAAAAUAUAGGGCAUACAAGAAAGAUUUAGCACGAACAGUGACUAACAGUAAAAAAUGUGGGUAUCCCUUUAAGUUGCGAGCAAAACCAGUGUUGGGAGGUGAAUGGUGGAUAGUGAAGUUAAUAUGUGGGAGUCAUAAUCAUGCAUUAGCAAAUUCAUUUGUUGGAUAUCCAUAUGUUGAUCGACUGACUGAGGAUGAGAAGAUUAUUAUUGGUGAUAUGACAAAGUCAAUGGCCAAACCAAAGAAUAUUCUUCUCACUUUGAAGGAGCACAAUACCAACAAUUGUACAACAAUGAAGCAAGUAUACAAUGCAAGAUAUGCAUACCGUUCUUCUAUAAGAGGUAGUAAUAGUGAAAUGCAACGACUAAUGAAGUUUCUUGAACACGAUCAAUAUAUUCAUUGA